GAAGUACCAUUCAGUAGUUGCUAUGAGCCAGCAACUCCCUAGUCGCAAGAACCAUUAUCAAUGCCUUGAUCUUAGGCUUGUUGGCAACAUAGUCGGCGUAUCGGAUAAGCCGUAGUCAGAAUUCGGUCCCCUGAAACUGAUCCUCUAAUAACCAAACAGCGCUUGAACUGCUGUGUUCGCAGCUCGUAAAAUAUCAUCAGCUUGUUCGCUUCCGCCUCCCAGACAGCAUUCCGCUGUCUCGUCAAUAGUCUACAUUCCAACCUGCUGACUUUUGAGUCGACUCAAGAGUCACCUUGUCUCGUCCCUAGUCUUCAUUCCAACCUGCUUCUGCAACCGAACCUCCUCCUCAGCAGGGCACGUUUGUUCCCAAGAACUAGCGACUUGACCAGCGUAUUUUCCGUAGAUUGAGCUGCGCGUUUUCCGCAGCAUCCGCGAGUUGGAGAUAUUAUGGGCAAAGGUGAUUUUCACCCUAUCAGAAGCAAUUCAGCCCGCGUGGACCAGGAGGAGAAGUACACGGACAUCACGAACGACCUCGAGCAGCCAUAUAAGGAGCAAUACAUGGCGGACACAGAGGCCUUCGAUUCCUUCGAGAUGGAUCAGGCGGCGAAGCAGCAGCAGAAGCGCGGUUGCUGCACGUGGCAAAACAUCCUCAUCACGUGCGGGCUCCUCUUCUCACUCCUCUUGACCAUCGUCGGAAUCGCCAUACUCGUUGUCGCGUGCACCUUUAAGCCCGAGUCUCCCGUGAUCCGGAUUGAAAAGAUCGACAUCGUACGGCUAAGCUUCAACGGAACUGGCACCAACAGUGACCUAACCACUAGUCUUGGCGGGCUGGGAGCUAGUAUCGGGGAUGCCCUGGGGAGACCCUUGGGGGGAGCGCUGGAGAAUCUGGGGAGCAGUCUCGGAAGCCUGCUGGCAGACCCGAGCAAUUUCACCCUCAAUAUGAACGCGCUCAUUAACGUUACGGCGAAUGUGUACAAUCCGAACAAAUACGAUUUCCAAGUGAAGUACCUGGACCUGUUCGUCUCCCUCUUCAAUAUGAGCGUCUCCAAUGUCUCGCUGGGCGAGUUCUGGUCCCCCAGCAAGCAGAACAUCAGCCUCACUCUCCCCAUGAAGAUUGUCAACGUGCCCCUGGUGUCUCUCAGCAGUGACAGCGUCAUUGGCAGCUCUCUCCUGGCGCAGAAGCUCAAGAUGAAGAUUCUUGGUAUCUCUGAAGGGAAAGCUCAAUUCUGGACGUUCUCCUCUCCGACCUAUAAGGUUGGUGUUGAUUGCAAUGCAACAGUGAGCCCCGCCGCAGGCAAGAACACGGUCACAAAGGAAUGUACUAGCAGGUCCGAAAAGGUAUGAGGUGGCUGGCAGCCAAAGAGUACAUGUGUUGUCUUUCGAAAAAGCCACCUCCAUAAAUGCUUGGAAAAUCGUAUGAUCAAUAAAUCAUGUAUAAAUUGCUGUAUUUUGAUGGUUCCACUUG